AUGACAGAUUUCUUGGUGUGUACAUUUUCAUCAAAUAUUUGUCGUUUAGCUUAUGAAUUAAUGCAAACACAUCAUAUGGAAUUGGGUGAUGCAACACAAUUAUGUCAUUCCAUUGAUAUUGCAUUCCAUGAAGAAGAUUACAGUAGACUAAAAUUUGAUGUGAUUAGACCAGAUAUGAAAGAACAGUUAAAGUAUGGUGAUGUAGUGGAUAUUUUCAUUAAUCAUGGAAAUGGUUCAGCAUCAGUAAAACUAGAUCAAUCAAGCAGAAAUAUACAUAAUAAAAGCCAAAAGAAUACAAGGAACGAAUUCUUUAUGGCACCUGCUUAUAAGUUUAGACCAAGAAUAAACAUAACUUGA